AUCAUCGGUGGAUCAACCCAUUUCUUUGUUUUCUUACUCGUCGCAAUAAUUUUACUCUGUUCUUCCAUCAAAACUGUAAAUGCAACUUGCUAUGCAAGUGAGAAACAAGCUCUUAUGGACUUCAAGAAAGACUUGGAAGAUCCCUUUGGUAGACUCUCGUCUUGGAUACACGACGUUGAUUGCUGCAAAUGGGAAGGAGUUGUUUGUAGCAACCGAAGUGGCCGCGUGAUUCAACUUCACCUUCAGAGGCCUGUUCCUGAAAUUCAUGUCGUUGGUGAUGAGGAAGAAUCACCAUUAAGCGGUAAAAUCAGUCAUUCGUUACAAAAUUUGACUCACUUGCGUUACCUUGAUCUAAGUCUAAAUGAUUUCAGUGGAAUUCCAAUUCCCAGUUUUUUUGGGUCUCUCAGAAGUCUAAGGUACCUGAAUUUAUCCAGAGCUGGAUUUCAAGGAAUGGUUCCCUAUCAGCUUGGAAACCUAUCAAGUUUACGCACUUUAAGCAUAGGAGGCAAUCCGUCCGAUCUUCAAGUUGAUAACCUGCAAUGGUUGGUUGGUCUCUCUAAUCUGGAGCACCUAGACAUGAGUCGCGUGAACCUUAGUACGGCGUCUAAUUGGCUAGAGGAGGCAUCUCUCACAUUUUGUGUGAAGUGAAGAAUGAAAAUCAAGUUCUUCAAUAUCUGGAUCUUCGGGAGAAUUCUUUAUCAGGAGAAAUUCCUGACUGUUGGAUGAAUUACCCAUUCAUGUAUCACAUCAACCUCAACAGCAAUAACUUCACCGGAAGCAUUCCAAGGUCAUUGUUUCAUUUGGAAUAUCUGGACUAUUUAGGCUUGGGUAAUAACAGUCUCACUGGUCCGAUAACCUUUGACUUUGUAAAUCAUGAAUAAAUAAGUGGAGGCAUUUGAUGUUUGAUCCUAUGGGUAAAAAUAAGAUAGACAUCAAAAGUGACUUUGUGGGCUGUUGGCUAUGUAGAAAAUGUUGUAAUUUUUAACCGUAAUGGAUGAUGCACCAGUGUUUUGAAGCUA